AUGAAUAUUGAAACAACAAAGACAGCAACAACACAACUGUUGAAUGAAUACUACCAAAUCAGCACUCAAGCCAUACCAACACAGAGAGUCAAGUCUGAAUGGCAGGAUGACAACAGGCGAGGUUUGUUUUUGGGAAUCAUCCAAGAGGGAGAAACCUCACACAUCACUCGACUGCACAACCUGCUGACUGCCAACCAAUUUGCAGAGCAGCAGGAAUUCUCAACCAAGAUCCAGUUGUCAGACCCAGAACAUCAUUGUACAUUCAUUGAUGACAUGUUUGGGUAUUACAUACUGCCAUUCCACAAAGACUACAACGAUUCAUCCAGCUGUCACACUCCAGUUUCAUCAAACCCAACAUCAAGAACCAACUCUGCUGAUGAUCUGGACUAUGUUGCAAAAGUGAGUGAGCUACAGCACAAGGACUUGAACAAGGUGGUUGAGAAGAGAGACAGUGUCUGCUUGUUUUGCUGGGAUAAGCUGUCCUUGCAAGGAGCACACAUCAUAUCCCAAAAGAACAUUGGAAUGGCAUACAACGAACCAUCCAUCCUGCUACGAUCUGGUUUGACGCAGAAACAUCAAAUACAGAACGGACUGUUGUUGUGUAUCAAGUGCCAUGACCAAUUUGGUAAACUAAAGCAAUAUGUGGAUGUAGUGGAUGACAAACUGGUGAUCAAUGAUCUGACAAGUGACAAGCACAAGAAGUGGAUUGAGACAAUUGAAGAUUUGAAAGUUAUCCGCAGAACAAGGCAAAAGAGAUGGACUGACAAUCGACAAACAGUCGAAUCCAACAGUGAAAUGACAUUGUAUUUCAUUCACAACAAUCUCACUCGACUACCAAACAGGAACGCACUAGAGUUCCACAAGACAGCAUGUCUCAUUUGGUGUAUGGCUGGUGGUGCGGAGUUUGAUGAUGAAUAUUGUCCAUAUGAUGAUGAUGGCUGUACUCCUGUCGAUUACCAGAAAAUCCACAUCGGAACGUUCCUUGCUCUCGUUUGUGAUUGUUUUCCGUGGAUUGUUCUGGUAUUUUAUGUAGCUCACUUUUUGCCUUGCACGCAUUCGAUAAUCAAUGGAAUUGACCAAACGGAAUGCCUGCAACUGCCAAAAACCAAACAAAAUGCCAAAGCAUUUAUAUUAAAAUGUUACACUACGACAUCAUGUCUCAAAGUGCUGAAUGAGUCGUUGUCAUGCAACUUUACUGUUGAUAUUGUUUAUGGAUUUGAAGAUGUGCAAUACAAUCCGUAG